AUGGCCAAGACCUGCCUGCCAAUGGCCGCGGCUGCCAUGGUUCUGCUCCUGAUGGUGGCGACGGCGCAGGGCAUCAGGCUGGACGCAGGGAGCAAGGCGGCGUUCGGCAACCCUGUGCUCAAUAAAUCCGCAGAGAAAGGGAUGUUGAACAAGGCUGAUGGUGAUGAGUCAUCUUCAGGCGAUGAAGUGGAGGAGGCCAUCUCUGAAGAGAAAGAGAGGGCAGGGGCGCACAGGAUGCCUGAGAUCCAUGUGGACUACUAUGGCCCCAAGGGCCAUAACGCCAGGCACCACUGA